AUGGCUUCGUCCAGUUCCAACACCAUUAAGGUCGUUGCGAGAUUUCGGCCGCAGAACAAAAAGGAGAUUGCGUCUGGAGGAGAACCCAUUGUCGAAUUGGAAAGCAAUGAAACGUGCAAAGUCAACUCUCGGGAGGGCUCCGGCUCAUUCACCUUCGACCAGGUGUUCGGGAUGGAUUCGAAACAAACGGACAUAUUCGACUUUUCGAUUCGGUCGACAGUGGACGACAUUCUGAACGGUUACAAUGGAACCGUGUUCGCUUACGGCCAAACGGGUGCUGGUAAAUCGUAUACCAUGAUGGGAACGGAUAUUGACGAUGACAUGGGAAAGGGUAUCAUUCCGCGAAUUGUUGAGCAAAUGUUUGCUUCUAUUCUCACGAGCCCAAGCAACAUCGAGUAUACGGUUAGAGUCAGUUACAUGGAAAUCUAUAUGGAGCGCAUCCGAGAUCUUUUGGUCCCACAGCACGACAACCUACCAGUUCACGAGGAAAAGUCUCGAGGAGUCUAUGUCAAGGGUCUCCUGGAGAUAUAUGUCUCUAGUGUCCAGGAGGUCUACGAAGUGAUGCGCCGGGGUGGAGCAGCUCGAGCUGUGGCGGCAACCAAUAUGAACCAAGAGUCCUCUCGAUCGCAUUCAAUCUUCGUUAUUACCGUCACACAGAAGAAUGUCGAGACUGGCUCUGCGAAGAGUGGCCAGCUCUUCUUGGUAGAUUUGGCAGGAAGUGAAAAAGUUGGCAAGACCGGCGCCAGCGGGCAGACGCUUGAAGAAGCGAAAAAGAUCAACAAGAGUUUGAGUGCUCUCGGCAUGGUCAUUAAUGCUCUUACCGAUGGCAAAUCGACGCAUAUUCCGUACCGUGAUUCGAAGCUCACGCGCAUUCUUCAGGAGUCUCUGGGAGGUAACUCUCGAACGACGCUCAUUAUCAACUGUUCGCCGAGUAGCUUUAACGAUAUGGAAACGAUUUCAACCCUCAGAUUUGGCGUUCGUGCAAAGGCGAUCAAGAACAAGGCUAAGAUCAAUGCGGAAUUAAGUCCUGCUGAACUGAAGCAAUUGCUACGAAAAGCCCAAGGGCAGGUUACAAACUUCGAGACAUACAUUUCAAACUUGGAAGGUGAAUUACAAUUAUGGCGUGCUGGAGAGGCAGUCCCCAGGGACCGUUGGACACCAGCUAUGUCAGAUAACGCUAGUGCCAAACCCCCCCGUCCUGCCACGCCCUCACGCCUACAGACCGAUAUUAUACGCGCAGAGACACCUAGUCGAUCAGACUCACGAUUAGGAGACCGCUCAAGUACGCCGAGCAUUGUGCUCGAGAAGGAUGAACGAGAGGAAUUCUUGCGCCGGGAGAAUGAGCUGCAGGACCAAAUAGCAGAAAAGGAGUCGUAUAUAUCCAACGUGGAACGAAGUCUGCAAGAAGCCAAAGAAGAACUGAAGAGCUUCAAGGAAGCCUCCUCACGGACCGGGAAAGACAAUGAGAAACUCAACACCGAAAUGAAUGAGUUGAGGAUGCAACUUGAGAAAGUUUCAUACGAAAGCAAGGAGGCUGGCAUUACGAUGGAUAGCCUGAAGGAGGCUAAUGCUGAGCUGACUGCUGAGCUAGACGAAGUCAAACAACAGCUUCUUGAUGCACGUAUGCGAGCCAGGGAGACAAGUGCAGCUCUUGAUGAGAAAGACAAGAAGAAGGCGGAACGCAUGGCGAAGAUGAUGGCCGGAUUUGAUAUGAGCGUCAAUGUCUUCUCGGACAAUGAGCAGAGGUUGAAGAAGCUAAUAGACCAGGUGGAUUCAUUACAUAAAGUCAGUGCGGCAGGCGAGGCAGUUGCGCCUGAUGAUAUCAUGGAGUUGAGAGCUAGUCUCUUGGAAACACAGGGCUUCGUUCGACAAGCAGAGCUUUCAAUGAGUGAACGAAGCGAGAUACACGAGCUGCAGGACAGCAAGCGAGCCGAACUUGAACGGAGGAUUGUUGAGCUCGAGACCGAUUAUGAACAAAUAUUGAAACGCAAUUUGGGCGAGGGAGAUGCGGAUGAGAUUCGCGAGAGACUGGAGAAAUUAUAUAUUGGUCGACGGGAUGCGGAAUCCAAGGCCGUGGCCGACCUUAGAAUCGACCUUACUCGCAAGGAUGAGGAGCUCCUUCAGCUCCGCCAAAUGCUCGCGGAUUCUCAAGUUAAGACACCAACCAAUGGCAGUGCGGGUAACUCUGCUGUCAUAACCAACAAGACCCUUCAGCAGCAGAUCUCAGACUUUGAUAACAUGAAAAAGUCACUCAUGCGGGAUCUACAGAACCGCUGCGAGCGCGUGGUGGAGUUGGAGAUCUCACUAGAUGAGACUCGAGAACAAUAUAACAAUGUCUUGCGAUCCUCCAAUAACCGGGCCCAGCAGAAGAAGAUGGCUUUCCUAGAGCGAAACCUUGAGCAACUUACGCACGUGCAACGCCAAUUAGUUGAGCAAAACAGCAGUUUAAAAAAGGAGGUUGCAAUUGCGGAACGCAAACUUAUCGCUCGCAACGAGCGCAUUGCUAGUCUCGAAAACUUGCUGCAAGAUAGCCAAGAGAAGCUUACAGCAGCGAAUCAUAGAUUCGAGGCGCAAUUGACGGCAGUCAAAGAGAGGCUAGAAGCUGCCAAGCAGGGUUCAACGCGCGGCUUGGUGACUUCAAUGGAGGGUGCAUCUAGCUUCAGCUUCGGUGGCUCGCGCAUUGCCAAACCGCUUCGAGGCGGUGGGGGUGUAGAUGCCAACGGUUCAUCCGGAUCGACACAGCAAGAGGCUCCGAAGCGAGGGAGUUGGUUCUUUGAUCGACGAUGA